AUGGUUAUGAGCAGCAGCUGAGGAAGUCAAAGCAGGCGAGGGAGUCAAAGCAGGCGAGGGAGUCAAAGCAGGCAAGGAAGUCGCAGCAGGAAAGUGAGUCGGAGCAGGAGAGUGAGUUGGAGCAGGCGAAAGGGUCGCGGCAGCUGAGGAAGUCAAAGCAGGCGAGGGAGUCAAAGCAGGCGAGGGAGUCAAAGCAGGCAAGGAAGUCGCAGCAGGAGAGUGAGUCGGAGCAGGAGAGGGAGUUGGAGCAGGCGAAAGGGUCGCGGCAGCUGAGGAAGUCAAAGCAGGCGAGGGAGUCAAAGCAGGCGAGGGAGUCAAAGCAGGCGAGGGAGUCAAAGCAGGCGAGGGAGUGA